AUGCAGAUCGUUUCGCUACGUUUGUUGAUCGGGUCGUUGCUAUUGGCAACCGGCGUUUGGUCGGACGAACCAACCGGUACAACGAUACCUGCAGCAGCGUCUAGCGAUUGUGUGCGCUCUGUAACGACGGCCAGCGGAAGCUUGAUCGAUCGAGGCCGUACUUUCUGUAGCGGCGAGCUUAUAUUUGAGGACAAUUUUGAUUUCUUCGAUUUUGAGAAAUGGGAACAUGAGAAUACGUUGGCUGGUGGUGGUAACUGGGAGUUCCAGUGGUACACCAAUAAUCGGUCCAAUUCGUUCGUGGAGGAUGGAGCCCUCAACAUUCGGCCCACGUUGACUGCAGACCAGUUUGGGCUGAACUUUAUGACAUCCGGUACGCUGAGCCUGCAGGGCAGUUAUCCCACGGACCACUGCACAAAUGAUGCAUUUUACGGCUGUGUCCGGGUCGGUAAUCAGCAGCACAUAGUGAAUCCGGUCAAGAGUGCUCGCAUUCGUACGAUCAGUUCUUUCAACUUCAAGUACGGUCGGGCGGAGGUACGUGCCAAGUUGCCGACCGGUGACUGGCUAUGGCCGGCCAUUUGGUUACUGCCGAAGCGCAACGUGUAUGGCACUUGGCCUGCUUCGGGCGAGAUGGAUCUGAUGGAAUCGCGGGGCAACGAAAACCUUUACCUCAACGGAGUACAGAUCGGUACGCGUCAGGUCGGGCAAACGUUACACUUCGGUCCGAAUCCAUCGUACAAUGGCUACCCGACGACCACGCUGACGAAGAAUGCUUUGCCGGAACAAGAGUUUAACAAAAACUUCAGCACAUUCGGUUUCGUGUGGACGCCCGAUAACAUUACGGUGAGCAUCAACGGUGAAGAUUUGGCUACGAUCGAGGGUGAUUUCUGGACGCGCGGCGACUUUGGCAAGCACAAUUUGGAAAAUCCAUGGCGUCACGGUACGCGCAUGGCUCCAUUCGACCAGGAGUUCCAUUUCAUCAUCAAUCUGGCAGUCGGUGGGGUGGCCUUUUUCCCCGAUGCAGCUACCAAUCCCGGUGGCAAACCGUGGACCAACAACUCACCCCAAGCGGCAACAGACUUUUGGAAUGGGCGCGCCCAAUGGUUGCCGACGUGGAACCUGGACAAGGAUGGAGGCAAAUCGGCCUCGCUGCUAGUGGAUUAUGUGAAAGUUUGGGCGCUAUAGUAUCG